AUGAAUAAAGGUGAAUGUACGCACGCAACAGACGGACGGUCGGGUUCUUACCGGUGUCUAUGCAAACGAGGAUUCUACUUCCCAAACACGACUGCAGAUAACCGCUACUACAAUGGCAGUGACAUAGAAGAAGAAUAUGAGAAACAUUUAUCGCUCCAACGUAGCUUAUAUUCUUUACCGAAUGCCUUCGAGUGUCUCCCUUGCGCUGAAGGUUGCGAAGCUUGCGUGGACGGUUCUCCGUGCGUGGCUGCCCUUAAUUGGGUCGUGAGGUCCACCAUUUUCGCACUGGCCUGCCUUGUAAUAUCCUGCUUGCCGUUCAUCGUCUACUUCACCAUCAAGUACGGGCAUGUUAGGAAUAUCCAUGAUAUUCCAAGUGCGGUCAGCAAAGGCAGUGAAGAUAUCGGAUAUGUACCUGCUCCGGCGCAUCGGUGUGAUAGUGGGGGUGGCGUGCGUUCUAUUGGCUAUUCGGACUUUAGUGGCGCCCCCUGCUGUUAUAGUGGGUAG